GCGGCCAAAGUAAAUAAAAGAAAUCCACAUUUUUAUUUGGCAGUUGGUGAGUAUCCACUUCCGUCCGCUCCACUACUACAAUUUUCCCAUUGAAUCACCGUUACUCUCAGGUUUAUCUGGUGAGUAUGGGUAUAGUCAACAAAAUAAUAUCAGCUUUAUAUUGAGUCUGAGCCUGUUUUUAUAUAGGAGGGUUGCACAAGGAUAGCAACGUGUUGGCUGGGUUGGUCCUUUAUAUUUUGUUACCAAUGCAAGAUGUCGGUGUAGUCCGGCAUGAUAGUACCGACUGCGAUGAUCCAUAUGAUAUUGAAAAGCAGAGUGCGGAGGCCAGCAAUCAUGACUUAGCAGUGGAUCAAUCUGAACUCACGAUAGUGGUUUCUGCAGUCGAAUCACUCAACUCCCAGGCUGCCACACUAACCACAGACCCGGUUGGGAAUAUUUCCACCAUUGAGAAAAUAGAAAUUGCAGAGUCUCCUAAGAAGCCGUACUUAUCCAGGAAUCAUAGUCUUCAUGAACAAUGCAGAGUAUGUCAAGAGGAAAAGGAAGAAGAGUUGAUCGAUCUUGGAUGCCAUUGUCGUGGUGGAUUGGCAAAAGCACAUCUGACAUGCAUAGAAACAUGGUUUAAUACUAGAGGUUCAAAUAAAUGUGAAAUAUGCCAGCAAGUAGCUGCCAAUGUGGCAUCUCCAGAGUCUCAUGCACCUACAAGUUACUGGAUUUGGAGAGUGGAUCCUUCUUUUAGAGGGACAAAUAUUUCCCAAGAGCGGGAUAGAGGUUGUCUUAAUCCACUUUGGGUAGCAUUUUGUAUCCUCAUUGGUGGCCUCUUUCUGGAUGUGUUAAUAUCCAUUACACUUGGAGUCUCUGCACUGCCUGUGAACAUCAUUAUCGGGGUAAUAGUUGUGCUGGGACUCGGAACGGCUCUUCGGCUUGCCCUUGAGUUCUGCCAUGAUUGGAGUAUCAGAAGAGUAGUGCACCGGGUAGAAGCAAAUGCCAGUCUUGGAUUUCAUCCUGCAUUGUAGGUGAAAGAUACUUGGAAGUAGAUAACUGAUUCAAACUACACUGGAAGCUGUUCAUACCCCCUGAAACAUUGAAAUUUAUCCGCCAAAUGUAAUCUAGAGGCUUGCAGAGCCUGCAACUUGAAAGAUUUAUUGGAGCCAGUAUUUUUAAAUGCUGAGUGAACUUACUUACCCAUUGUAUUUAUUUCGUUUGAGGAUGCAGUGUGUAGUUUGGCAUCUUGUUUUGCAGCUUUAAUAUCUAUAUUACAGCAGUCUCUUUUGCCAAAAUUAUUUGGAACACAAAAACUUCUGUAGCUAAAGUGUUGAAUGAAGAUUUUUGGCUUGCUAGCCGAUA